GUGGAGGACCAGAGAGAGACACAGCUGCUGCUCAGAUGGAUCGGAUGUGUUUUUUUGUUUUCCUCCUGAUUUGUCCUUUGUCAAGCUAGGCGAGCAGUUUGGAGGGGGCGAAUUUGAUCUACAUGAGCUUCGGCUGCUCGUGGCGCAAACUCCGAACGGUUUGGGGCUGCGGGCUGCUGACAGGUGCGCACGGUGCGGCGCGGAGAGGAUGGGCAGACGUGAGGCGGACAGCAGGGGCGCGAUGAACAACGGCGACCGCUCCGGCCUCGGGUGUCUGCAGGACGCCGAGCAGCCCCGGAGGAUGGACAAGCGGCAGAGAAACGCAGACGCGGAGGCCACGGAGCGCGCUGCCACGGCACCGAUGGAAGUGAAGAAGCACCAGCACAAGCACAACUUGAAGCACCGCUACGAGGUGAUGGAGACUCUGGGGAAAGGCACGUACGGCAAAGUGAAGAAAGCAGUGGAGAGAGCGAGUCUGAAGACGGUGGCGAUCAAGUCAAUCCGCAAAGAGCGCAUUACAGAUGACCUGGACAGAAUUCAUAUCCAGAGAGAGAUCGAGAUCACCUCGUCACUCAGGCACUCUAACAUCAUACGCUUCCAUGAGGUGUUUGAGAGCCGGGAUAAGAUCGUGAUAGUGAUGGAAUAUGCCAGCAGAGGAGAGCUGUAUGAUUACAUACAGGAGAGGAGGCGACUGCCAGAAACAGAAGCCAGAAGCAUCUUCAGGCAGAUCACAUCCGCUGUCCACUACUGCCACAAGAACGGCGUCGUGCAUCGAGACCUGAAGUUGGAGAACAUCCUCUUAGAUCAAGAUCUGAACGUAAAGCUGGCUGAUUUCGGCCUUUCAAAUCAUUUCCGGAGUGGCACUCUGCUGCAGACCUACUGUGGAAGUCCGCUGUAUGCUGCCCCAGAGAUAGUGAAAGGGCGACCGUACCAGGGGCCUGAGGUGGACUGCUGGGCACUGGGGGUUUUGCUGUAUGCCCUGGUGUACAGCAGCAUGCCAUUUGAUGGGGCAAGUCACACCAAGCUCACAGAGCAGAUCAGCCAAGGUCGAUAUCGCAGACCCAACCCCCCCUCAGACGCCUGCGCUCUUAUUGACUGGUUGUUGACAGUACGUGUAGAUGAGAGGGCCACGAUAGAAGACGUGGCCAACCACUGGUGGGUGAACUGGGGUUAUGAAGAGAGUGUGUGUGACUGUCCUUCGUCUCCACUCCAAGAAUGCCCCUCCCCCCUGCUGGCGCGCUACAUCGACUGGCAGAAUCGGGUCACUGCUGCAAGUAAUAUGACUGUUGACCCUGAGUGCCUAUCCUCAGACUCCUCCCGUCCUCCUCAGCUCGCUCCCAACCCCUUUUACUUUAGCUUACCUCUGAAGAAGGAUUGUGGGGCAGGAGGAGGAGGAGGAGGAGGAAGGGUACGUGGAGGAAUGUCAAGUCUCAGGAAGUCACGCAAGGAGAAUGCAAUUCCUCAGACUGCACUGGGAGCCUGUGGUGGUGUUUGUGCAGCAGCUGCUGCUGCUUCCACUGCGAUUUCCUCCACUUCCACCAUCGAAAGGAAGAAACCCAAAGGUAUUCUAAAACACCAGAGGAGUUUAGAUUCAGUCUUUCACAGCCCUCCUAAGGAGAACUCUCCCUCCCCACUGUGUAACACUGUUUCCCAGCCUUAUCGAACACAUACACUUGCUCACACACAUGUUGAUGUGUUGUCCACCAGCCUUCCACCUCAUUCUACGUUCAGUCAGCCAUCAUCCAAAAUGCCCAAGAAGGGGAUACUAAAGAACUUGUAUGGAGGGGAGUCUGGUUAUGGUUCAUCCUCAGAAAGAAGAAGCUCCGAAGUAGGAGAUAAACAGAGUGAUGUUGGUGAGUCGCGCUCACACAAACAGCACACAUGUCUCCCGGCAGCAGAAGAAAGCCCCACAAUGCGCACAGAGGCAGUAAGAAGACGGAAGGGUAUUCUCAAACGUAACGGCAAGUUCUCUCGCAGUCUGGAUCUUCCCGACAGCCUCCACUCAUGUCCCUCCUCAGGCCCUGCGAUAUUCCCCGAGGCGCUGCAGCAGCUCCUCAGGGCCACAGGGGAUGCAGAGGGCCGCCGCAGCCGCCCCUCCAGUGUGGUGAGCGAGGACAGCCUCUUCUCCUCCGAUUCCUUCGAUCUGCUGGACCUCAGCGCCCAGUCACGUCGCAGGAUUUUCUCCCGCGGCAUGCAGCACAGCGCCUGCAGCUCCGAGGACGACCUGGAGCAGCUGAGAUCAGAGGAAGACGGGGCUGGUGAGGACGGGGAAGGAGAGAAGAAUAUGCUUAUAUGAGGCACAGCAAUGACCAGGACAUCAGCGGGGUGAAAAGUUGGGUUUAAUGCCAGUUCUUCCAUUCACUUUUUUUUGUGAUAAUUACUGCCUGCUGUCUUGAAAAGACUUAACCAACUCUGGAAAGGUUGCAUCUCAAGUACACUGAUCGCUCAGAGCACUGCACUGUCAAUGUAAAGCACCAUUUCUUGGCACAUUCUCCAAUAUUGAAUGAUAAAUUAAACUGUGUUGAAAGUUUAACUGUAUUUAAGUUGCAAGCAAAUGCAGAGAAUAACAAGUGAUACCCACAGAGGUCAGUUUGCAGGCCUAAUUGUGGCAGAACUGUCUGUUUAGUGGACUCCAGCCUUGUCUCAUGCACAACAGAUACUCUUUGUAGAUCUGACCAGAUGGACCAUGGAAAACUGUGUCUGAAUGCUACAGUCUGCCAAAGUGAUAAAGUACCAUCUUUGAAAUACAAAUACAGUAAGUCAGAAGACACGUGUGUUCUGCUGAGUCUGAGUGGCAAUGCCAAAUAUGAUAUACUAUACAUCUAAAGUGACCACAUGAAAAACAAAAAUAGUACAUAAAACAAAUCUAAAUAUUUCAACAGUGUUUCUGGACUGUUUGUCACAGUGAAGACAAGUGUUCUUUUGAUGAUGUCAUCUUCUUGCACCCUCUUCUUCUGCAGCGGUUUAAUGGCACCCAGCUUGAAAACUGGCAUCAUCAUUCAUUUCUCUUGAUGUGCUCCACUCCACAUAUUUACACCAUGGCAUUGUGUAUUAAUUAGCUUUUACUUUUUAGGACUUUCUGGAAAUUCUGUGAAAAUGUGUGUCACGUUUUGGUGGAAACCAAUCUGUAGCAGGCUCUAAUGUGAGUAUGAAUUCUGCUAAACUGACCCUUUGUGACAUUUGAAGUGUUAAGUAUUCAUAUCUGGUAUUUGUCAACAAAUAUAACUUCUCCCAUGAAGACAUAUUGUCUCGUUAUGUUUUACUGUGUUUUCAUUUAUUAUCUUUUUACAUGCCCUUCUGUGGGUAAUGGGUGUACGCUGUUGCCCGCUAGAGAGGCUAUAGUUGUUGACAAAAACAGUACUUUAAAAAACACUUGGGUCUGCGUACAAGUAUAUUACAGCUGGUUGUAAACCGUGCAUUAAGUGUUUAUAUUUCACCUAUGUAUGAAUGCUUAAUAGGGGAAGCUGAAGCAAAGUGUCUUGUCAUGAAGUGUAUUUAUACUACACAGUGUUGUACUGUUUGCUCUUUUGCACCAACACACACAGUGUGAACAGCAGAUGGAUCACAUUGCUUUUUUACCACCAAUGCUGCUGUGGACGUUUACGGUGAUGUAUGCAGUAGAUGUAUGCAAUUUUAAAUCUGUCAUUUUCAUACUGUGAGAACAUAAUUCUGUUGUGUUCAACUAUUUCAUACUUUUUUGGCCAGAAAAAAAUAAAUUAUGUGCAUUUAAA